GCGUGACACAUCAACAUGCCAUGCCAUAGACUCUUCCUACUUCCCUUUUUGUCCCUUGUGAUUCUCUGCACUAGUCCAGUCCUCGUGUCGGGCUCCGACUGGAACAGCAUCCCAAACAGCCUCCACCAUCUACUCCAUACGAUUGAAAACCAAGACCACGAGAAGCAUUUCGCCGGACUCGAACGGAGAGACACGGCGGCCCGAGCAUCAUACUGGAGACCCCUGCAGCUCUCGCAGAGAGAUGACCCCCCUGCGGACCUGGAGACCCAGCUCAUCAACGUCGCCAGCCAGCUCACGUCCACGCUGAACGCGCUUUGGGGCAUCAUCCAGCAUGAAUACAACAUCGGCCCUCCGGUCAUCGCCUCGGGGUCAGCAUCAUAUCCCGACCCCACGGUAUUUCCGAUAACGGUGGUGACCGACGGCCACGCUGGCAGCCAUUCGACACCACCAGUAGUGCCACCUCCCGGUCCACCACCAACGUCGGCAGGGUCGUCACCUCUUCAGCAGCAAACGCCCGGCGCAUACGCCUUCGACCCGCAAGCAUCAAAUCUCAACGUCGUGUACUACUCCCAAACCGACCUGACCGGGACCGUCACUCUGACUCAGGUCUGCUCGGAUCCUUCAAUCGACGCGGUCAUCCUCGCCUUCAUCACCGGGCUCUUCGGCCCAGGAGGCUACCCGAGCAUGAACAUGGCGUCCAAUUGCUGGGCACCCAGCGCCGCACAACAGGAUGCCGGCGCGGCGGGCUUGCUCGACUGCGUGGGUGACGGUUUCGCCGCCCAAAUCUCCUCGUGCCAGUCCCUGGGCAAGAAGGUCCUGAUCAGCAUGGGCGGCGCAUAUUCCAACCUCCAAAUCUCGAGCGCCGACCAAGCAACACAAGCCGCUCGCUUACUAUGGAAUUUGUUUCUGGGCGGCACCGAUGCCACGACCGCACCACUUCGUCCCUACGGUAGCGUGAUCCUCGAUGGGAUUGAUCUAGACAACGAAAAACCAGGCAAUGCCCAAUACAUGCCUUCCCUCAUGACGGCGCUGAGGACCCUCAUGGCCACCGACUCCCGAAAGCCGUACUACCUCUCCGCGGCGCCCCAGUGUCCUCAACCGGACCAGUCCAUCCUCGUCCCCGAACUUGUCACUGUAAUCGACUUUUUCAACGUCCAAUUCUACAACAACCCGUCGUGCCAGCUCGACGCGGGCCAGGGGUUUCUCGACUCCCUGACUUCCUGGUCAAACAGUCUCCUUCUGCCUCCAGCCACGGGCAACAACAAUCCCUCGGGAUCGUGGCCAAGGCCAUCAUCAUCACCACCACCACCACCACCACCACCAUCAACCCGACCCAAAAGAUCAUCACGCGUUCGUAGAACACAGAUACCACCACCCCCCUUGGAUCCAGGCGCGGGAAGUAAUCCAUUCGUCAACAUCAACAACGGCAUCACGUCUCCGAGACUCCUCGUCGGCACGCCCGCUUUCAGCGCCGCGGGGAGCGGGUACGUUACCGUCGCACAAUACCAAAACAUACUGGAACAGGUCAAGGCUCUCCAUCUACCGAACCUGGCGGGGGCCACGUUCUGGGACGGCGCUUACGAGAUCAAAAGCGGCGGCGCCGGGGCGACGAACAUGACCUACGCUCAGGUUGUUCGGGAGGUGUUUGGAUGACAAUCUGUAGGAAAUCACCCUGAAGGAGGGUGAAUGUUUUGACUUAACAAUUGAUAAAGAGCGCGGGAAGGGAAAUUAAUCGUCUUCGUCCUGGCACGAAUACUGCGAACGUCUAGCAUGCUGGGAAGGCGACAUUGUCCGAAACCCAGUUUAGAAAGUAAUGUUCGAAAUUUCAAGUCAUGCUCGUCC